CUCUACUUCUGUUUUGAAAUUUAAAAGUGAAAAAAUACAUUGCAUGAAUUUGUGUUUUUGAGCGGAUUAUCUAUUAUCAAAUGUUAUCGUUCUGAAGAUUGUAUUGUUUGUACCUUAUUAACCAAUUGUGUAAGCUAUUGUUAAGACUUAAAAAAAUGUUUAAAACACCAUCCCUAGGUUUACAAAUAUUUUUGAAACGUUCUUCAAAAUCUAAAGAUAUAACUAAGAUAUCAAUAUGUUACUAUUCGAGCAAAAAGAAAACGAAAGUGGUUUACAAUGUAGAAGAGGCUAUUAAGGAUAUUCCUAACGGAGCCAAGUUGUUAGUAGGAGGUUUCGGACUUUGUGGAAUACCCGAAAACCUAAUAUCCGGGCUGCUAAAGCACCAAUCCAAAGACUACACUGUAAUAUCUAACAAUGCCGGAGUCGAUACUUUCGGACUAGGUUUGCUAUUAAAGGAAAAAAAGGUCAAAAGAAUGAUCUCCUCGUACGUUGGAGAAAACGCUGAAUUCGAGAAGCAAUUUUUAAGUGGGCAACUAGAAGUCGAACUAACACCACAGGGCACUUUAGCGGAGAGAGUAAGAGCAGGAGGAGCUGGUAUACCGGCAUUUUACACUCCCACAGCGUUCGGAACGCUCGUCCACGAAGGAGGCGCUCCGAUAAAAUACAACGACAAAGGCAAAAUCGAAAUCGCCAGCAAACAGCGGGAAUCUCAAUUGUUCAACGGCAAAUCCUACAUUUUGGAGGAAGCCAUCACCGGCGACUUCGCCCUCAUCAAAGCCUGGAAGGCCGACGAAGUAGGAAAUCUCAUUUUUAGGAAAUCGGCGAGGAAUUUCAAUCCCACGAUGGCCAAAGCGGCCAAAACCACCAUCGUAGAAGUCGAGGAAAUAGUACCGGUAGGUUCACUAGAGCCCGAUCAAAUCCAUCUACCCGGCAUCUACGUCGACAGGAUUAUCCUUGGGAAAAACUACGAGAAACGAAUCGAGAAAGUUACGCUAGAAAAAACCACCGACAGCGUAUUAUCUGUAGUCAAAAAAAAUCCAAGCGCUUUGAACAGGGAGCGGAUAGUGAGAAGAGCCGCCCUUGAAUUUAAAGACGGCAUGUAUGUUAAUUUGGGUAUCGGUAUGCCGAUGUUGGCUUCGAACUACAUACCGGAGGAUUUGGAGGUAUUCCUGCAAUCCGAGAACGGUAUACUGGGCUUGGGGCCCUUCCCCAAACCGGACCAAGUCGAUGCGGAUUUAAUAAACGCUGGUAAAGAAACCGUCACCACCGUACCCGGUGCAUCUUACUUCAGCAGCGACGAGAGUUUCGCAAUGAUCAGAGGAGGACACAUCGACUUGACGAUCCUCGGUGCUAUGGAGGUGUCCCAAUACGGCGAUUUAGCGAACUGGAUGAUACCUGGUAAGCUGGUGAAAGGUAUGGGGGGAGCUAUGGAUCUGGUGGCAGCUCCUGGUACGAAAGUGGUCGUUUGCAUGGAGCAUUGCGCCAAGGACGGCGGCAGGAAAAUACUGGAAAACUGCACGCUACCGCUGACCGGAAAACAGGUGGUGGACAUGAUUAUCACGGAAAAGGCGGUUUUUACCGUGGACAAGGAAAACGGACUGACGUUGAUCGAAGUAGCCGAAGGAGUGGGCGUAGAAGACGUUUUAGCUACCACCGGAUGCAAUUUCCAGGUCGCGGAAAAUUUGCAACCAAUGAAACAAAUCGCUGUUGCGAUUUAGAAUCGAUUCCUUAUUCAUAACUUGUUGGGUUCUAUUUGUUGUAAUAUUUUAGAAUUUUACUAAACUUUCAAUAA